AUCCCCGAAAAGUUGGUGUAAAUUUUUGUGUAAAGUUGAAAAUCCAAAGCAAAGUGAAUUUUCAUCUGCAAGUGAAUAGUUGUGUGUUGUGGGGAAUUUUAUUUCCUAUUCCACCAUAUUGUGUGUCUCGAAUAAAAAAUUUUUUCCUCCAGUGAAAAAAUCUAUUUUUUAACAAAUCAAGUGCGUUUUAUUAAUUGUAUUGUGCAUAAUAAUAUUAAUAAACUAUUUGUGAACGGUGUGGUGUGAAACGCCUAAAUCACCAUGAGUUAUUUGCCUCCCCAAAAUCGAACCAUGCCGCAUAAUCAAUACAAUCCACCGGACUUACCAAUGGUAUCGUCUAAGGAGCAAACGCUUAUGUGGCAACAAAACUCCUAUUUGGGUGAUUCUGGUAUUCAUUCGGGUGCAGUGACGCAAGUGCCCUCAUUGAGCGGCAAGGAAGAUGAAGAAAUGGAAGGUGACCCAUUGAUGUUUGAUCUGGACCAGGGUUUCCCCCAGAACUUUACCCAAGACCAAGUUGAUGAUAUGAACCAGCAAUUGAGCCAGACACGUUCCCAACGUGUCCGAGCAGCAAUGUUCCCCGAGACACUUGAAGAAGGCAUUGAGAUCCCUUCGACCCAGUUCGAUCCCCAACAACCCACAGCUGUUCAGCGUUUAUCUGAACCAUCACAAAUGCUUAAACAUGCCGUGGUCAAUCUAAUUAAUUACCAAGAUGACGCUGAACUUGCUACUCGAGCAAUUCCCGAACUCAUCAAGCUAUUGAAUGAUGAAGAUCAAGUUGUUGUUUCGCAGGCUGCUAUGAUGGUCCAUCAAUUGUCGAAGAAGGAAGCUUCUCGUCAUGCCAUCAUGAAUAGUCCACAAAUGGUGGCUGCUUUAGUUCGCGCCAUUUCAAACAGCAACGAUCUGGAGACAACCAAAGGAGCCGUUGGUACUCUACAUAAUUUGUCGCACCAUCGACAAGGCUUGUUGGCCAUCUUCAAGAGCGGUGGCAUUCCAGCUUUGGUUAAAUUGCUCUCUUCGCCUGUUGAAUCUGUUCUCUUUUAUGCCAUUACCACUUUGCACAAUUUGCUUCUGCACCAGGAUGGGUCAAAAAUGGCCGUGCGUCUAGCUGGAGGUCUCCAGAAGAUGGUUACCCUGUUGCAGCGUAACAAUGUGAAAUUCUUAGCCAUUGUCACUGAUUGCUUGCAAAUUCUGGCUUAUGGCAAUCAAGAGAGCAAGUUGAUAAUUUUGGCUUCCGGUGGACCCAAUGAAUUGGUACGCAUAAUGCGCUCAUACGACUACGAGAAACUCUUGUGGACAACAUCAAGAGUGUUGAAAGUCUUGUCUGUCUGUUCAAGCAAUAAACCAGCUAUUGUUGAUGCUGGUGGUAUGCAAGCUCUGGCUAUGCAUUUGGGCAAUCCAUCACAGCGUUUGGUGCAGAAUUGUCUCUGGACUUUGCGAAAUUUGUCUGACGCAGCAACCAAAGUCGAGGGGCUAGAGGCACUUCUUCAGAGCUUGGUUCAAGUUUUGGCUUCCACAGAUGUUAAUGUUGUUACUUGUGCAGCUGGCAUACUCUCUAACUUGACUUGCAACAACCAACGUAACAAGGCAACUGUUUGCCAAGUGGGUGGAGUCGAUGCACUUGUUCGUACCAUCAUCAAUGCCGGUGAUCGUGAAGAGAUCACCGAACCAGCAGUUUGUGCUUUACGUCAUUUAACUUCGCGUCAUGUUGACUCAGAGCUGGCACAAAAUGCAGUUCGUUUGAAUUAUGGAUUGUCAGUUAUUGUUAAGCUGUUGCAUCCACCAUCGCGUUGGCCGUUGAUUAAAGCAGUUAUUGGUUUAAUUCGUAACCUGGCACUUUGUCCAGCAAAUCAUGCACCGUUGCGCGAGCAUGGUGCCAUACAUCACUUGGUUAGACUCCUGAUGAGAGCUUUCCAAGACACAGAAAGGCAACGAUCUUCGGUUGCAAGCACAGGCUCUCAACAACCGAGUGCAUAUGCUGAUGGUGUUCGCAUGGAGGAAAUAGUUGAAGGCACUGUUGGUGCAUUACAUAUUCUCGCUAGAGAAUCACACAAUAGAGCACUUAUUCGCCAGCAGGCGGUUAUUCCGAUCUUUGUUCGCUUGUUAUUCAACGAAAUUGAAAAUAUUCAGCGCGUUGCUGCUGGAGUACUUUGUGAGUUAGCUGCUGAUAAAGAAGGAGCAGAGAUAAUCGAACAAGAAGGUGCCACUGGGCCCUUAACCGAUUUAUUGCAUUCAAGAAACGAAGGUGUAGCUACUUAUGCUGCAGCCGUUCUAUUCCGCAUGAGCGAAGACAAACCACAAGAUUAUAAGAAACGUUUGUCUAUUGAGCUAACAAAUUCUCUUUUAAGAGAAGAUAACAACAUAUGGGGCAAUGCUGAUCUCGGAAUGGGACCAGACUUACAGGAUAUGCUUGGACCAGAACAAGCAUAUGAGGGCUUGUAUGGGCAAGGCCCUCCGAGCGUUCACAGCUCACAUGGAGGUCGAGCAUUUCAACAAGGAUAUGAUACUCUACCAAUAGAUUCGAUGCAAGGCCUGGAGAUAAGCAGUCCCGUAGGAGCUACACCGGGUGGUGCACCUACCUCGCCCUAUUCUAUGGACAUGGACGUUGGUGAGAUUGGAGCUGGAGAGCUGAACUUUGAUUUGGACGCUAUGCCAACUCCACCAAAUGACAACAACAAUUUGGCUGCUUGGUACGACACUGAUUGUUAAAUUUCAAAAAAAUCAUUGAAAAUCAAAAAAAUAAAAACAAAACAGACAGAGAAGCCCAUACAUUAAAAUUUUAUUAAACAAAAAAAAGAAAAACAUUUAUAUAUUUCAUAUAUUUUAAUCAUUUAUUAUUAUACAUUAUGUUUUAGAUGUAUUCAAAUUUUUAUCUAAAGAUUUUUUUCUUUCUUUUAUUCUAUUUUAUAAGAAAAUUGAUACGAAACUUAUAUUAACACACGCAAUCUUGAAUAAAAAAAAAAUAUUUUUUUUUGUCAAUUAGUAUUAAAAAUUGGUUUUUAUUUUUUGAUAUUGAGUUGAUAAUUUGCAGUGAAAAUUUUUUUUAAUUUUUUUGUACAAAAGAAGUACGAAUGUGGAUUCACAGAUUUAUGUUUUAGAGGUCGGUAUUCUCACAGAUUUCAAAACUUAGGAGCCUUUUUAGCAUAUUCGGCAUGGAAAAGGAGUGAAUAUUAUGAGUGAGCUUAUACAACUUAUAAUAUAAGUGGUCUCGACCACUCUGACAUUAAAAUAGCUCACUCCGAAAAUUGAAGAGUCGUUUAUGAGUACUUGAAGUAUACCGGCCUCAGAAUAAAAUUUUUAACGCCAUAUACUUUAAAUGUGAUUUUUUUUGGUUCAAGGAUGGUGAGUACGAGUAGCAAACUUUCAUCAUCCGAACCCAAGCUAAAUGUUCAAAAAAAAAAACAUCUGAAUUUUGAAAUGUUUUCUUUGAAAUCUGGAAUUUUUUUUUCAAAAAAACUUUUUCAUUCUGAUUCUGUCGCGAAUCUUAAUCGGAAUUAGUUUUUGAGAAAUAAAAAAAUUGUAUGAAAUCGCUGGCUAAGAAUUAUAGGGUUGUAUGUCUGCAGGGGUUUCCAUAAUACAUACAACCCUAUAAUUCUCAGCCAGUGAAAUGACACCCGAAUUCCCCUAGAAAACUGACGGGGGAAAAUCCAGCAUCAUUCUAUUCUGUUGUUUCCAUGAAAAUAUGGGGGUUUUCUAUAUUUGUGAAAUCCAUUCACUUUUGCAUAAAUCUUCGAUACUACGUGUAAAAUAAACUUGAGAUCUCAUCUUCAGCGUACAGCUAGGGUUUAUAUUUAUUUUCACUUGCA